AUGGCAGAAUCAGACAGUAAACUAUCAGGUGUUAAUAUAUGCACUAUUAAACCCACAUCUAAACUGCAAUUGGAUGAAAACAUAGCAGCAUAUUUAGAGAAUAGGCAUUUAGUGAGGGAUAAACACAUUGUAGCAUGUCAAAAUGAUAAAAUAGAAAGUAUUGUCACUAAUUAUGUGAUAGCUAAACAAAUACUGAGCAAUAUGAGAUGGCAGGAGAAGCUUCUAUAUAAACAUGUAUGUAGUACUUGGCUUUCUGCAAUCAAUGCUCUGAGGAAGGAACAAUUAUGCCCUGUUGAUUUUUCAAUAAAACAGGGUCAUAUAAAACAGUCAUCUACAUUUUCUAAUGAACCAUUAGCUGUGUUUACUUUCAUGAAUGUAACAGAGUUUCCUAAGACAAUUAGCUGUAAGAAUAUGUCUCCUUGUUGUUGUGAUCCACCAUGUGGAAAGAAUCAUCUUGUAAUUGAUGCUAUCCACAAAUUGUCAACGGCACCAAAAGAAUGUAUGAUGGGAGUCAAAGCGUUAUAUGUAGCAUAUAUGCCUUUACCUAACUCAAACACAACAGAAAAUACGCUUACAUCAACACAGUGUAGCCUGUCUUCGUUCACUGGAGGAAUCUUUAUACCUGUUAUACCUAAUGUCAAGUUUCAUAUGAUCAACUUAAAAGACUAUAAGCAAAUGAAACAACAAUUUUAUACAGCUGUUGAUGAUAUUGUUAAAGAUAACAUAAUUAAAGGGCUUUUAGUGUUUGUGACAGAUAAACAUCUUUUAAAUUCUGUUGAAGAUGUUGUCUUUUUCAAUCAUGUAAAGGAAGUGCAACCUGAUAUACCAUAUGCAAUGGGUGGCUGCAUUUGUGAAGAUACAGUGUGCGAUUCAAAUGAUAUAAAUCAUUUGGUGAGCGACACUUCGGGGGAUGCAGUAAGCGACAAUCUUAUAUCUAUUGGCAUAUUCACAAUACCCAAGAAUACUGAAAACGAAAGCAAUUUUGAUAUGUUUUCAUUAAUAAUUGAAUCUUCUGAGUGGGACAAGCAAAAGAUACAUUCGUCUCUUGCACAGUUUUCCAAGUCUGUCCCACGGUUUGAGCAUAGUGUUUGCUUCAAGCUUGCUUGUAUAGGUCGAGACCGGAAACACAAAUUUGAGCAAGACACAUUCCGAUCAGUAUUCCCAGACACUCCAUUAGUUGGUUGCUAUGGCAAUGGGGAAUUGGGUGUUGACCACCCGGCAAAACCUAUUCCAGAGAAGCCAAAGAGAUUACGGCGUUCUGUAGGUCCACAAUUCGGUAUAAUUUAUUCAUACUCCACUGUCUUUGUUUAUAUGGGCUGGGGAAAGAAUACAUUACCGAAAACUUAAAUUUUUUAUACAGGUUUUAGUAAUGUAGUGGUACUAGUUGAUAUUAUGACUAUUCUAGGACUAUUUAUGCAAGUCAAAUUUUCAAGGGUAUACCGGGUUAACAGUACCCACUCCGGGUUUUGUCCAGUUCAUGCACCUUCAAUAUGAAUCCUUAGUACCUUAGAUUUAGUUUUCAUACAUAUAUUAAACUAUUAGUUAUAUUUCAAAUUAAAUACCUACACUGUUUUGUUUUAUAAGAACUUUGUUAAGUAGAUAUAUAUCAACAUAGAGUGUUCAUCCCUAACACAGGUUCUCGAACAUAAAAGGGAUGUACUAAAAUGUAGAUUUAAGACUAUUUACUUAAUAAAUAAAUUUUUGAUUUGAUUUGAAAUAGUUAAUAUGAUUAUUCGGUAUUGCAGAAAUGGCUUUAAUAUUUUUAGUUGUUUACAGAAAUAUUUGCAGCUCCAAUACUGAAUUAUAUAGUGCUGGACGCUUAUUCGAUUUUGUUUGAUAGAUUUAGUUGUUUAUUUAUUAAAUUGCGAGUCAUUUUUGUAUUCACAUAAUACUUGGUUUAAUCAAAACAUAUAUUCAAUUGUAUUUUAUCAUAGACUAGAUACUGGUAUGCUUAGAUUCGAUUCCCUGUUAAGCGUAGACUUCUUUCACAUUUUUAUAUUACUUAUGGUAUAAAUAUUUUAAGAGUAAUAUAUUAAUGUUAUUCUCUAGGCAGUUUGUUACGACUAUAUUAAUUUAAUUUCCGAAUAGAAAUUGUGCCUCGUAGCAGCGCAGGGAGGUGAACAUAACGCUUUUAUAUAUUAUGUUAUUUGGUUAAAUGUAUGAAGUGUAAGAAUUCAUGGUGUUUUUAAAUUUUUACAUUUUUGUAAACGGCCCUGUAUGUAUAGUAUAAGCAAUAAAUGUGAUCAAUGAAA